GAACGCUUGAGAGAGAAAGAGGGAGGAGGAGGGGAGGACGCCGAAGCGGCUGGCAGAGAACAGAAGUCUCUCUUCUUUCUAUCCGACUUGCCGGCUGCUGGUCGUCUUCUUGCCCUCAUCCGCUUGCCUUCUCUCGCCGGCCGGGUAGAAGAGUUUGAACAUGGACUUGGGCAGACGCUGCCAGACGUGAGGAUGCUCACUGGAGAGUCACUGGUUGGCAGCAGCCCUUCUGUUCUCCCAAAGAUAUUUGGGGAAUGAACGCAGAUCACAUUCAUCUUUCAUUUGUAACAUCCUCCUCCAUCUCCCUCUACCACACCUCAGUAGGGACAGCACACUUCAGUUGCACCGCAUUGAUGAGGUAACGUCACGCUGUGCUCAGGGCCACCUGCACAAACACCAUCCUCCCUCCCCAUCGCCCCGACCCCAGCCUCCCUUCUCCUGCCUGCUCCACUGCAGCCAUGGGCCAGAAGAUAUCCGGUGGUAUCAAAUCUGUGGACGGCCGCGGGGAAAGCGGCGGUUCCCCAUCCUACCGACCCUCGGCUCACAGUAGGCAGCACCCAGAGUUGAGGGGCCCGGAUUUCUCCAAACCUCCCAGGCUGGAUCUCCUUCUGGACAUGCCUUGCGCCAGCCUGGAGACCCAACUUCGUCACGCGUGGAACGCCGAUGACCGUUCGCUGAACAUUUUCAUCAAAGAGGAGGAUAAGUUGACAUUUCACCGCCACCCCGUCGCUCAGAGCACGGACUGCAUCCGGGGACGGGUGGGAUACACUAGGGGACUGCACGUCUGGAGGAUUCACUGGCCGUCCCGACAGCGCGGCACCCAUGCAGUUGUCGGGGUAGCCACCUCCGAAGCUUCUUUACAUUCUGUCGGGUACACUGCCUUGGUGGGGUCAGACUCUGAGUCCUGGGGCUGGGAUCUGGGACGUAACCGCCUCUACCACAACAGCAAGAACCGUGCCCACGGCUCACUGCCGACUUACCCUUCCUUCCUGGAACCCGAGGAGGCGUUCACACUACCAGACUCUCUGUUGGUCAUUCUGGACAUGGACGAGGGCACGCUGAGCUUCAUGGUGGAGGGACAGUAUUUAGGAGUGGCGUUCCGAGGGUUGAAGGGCAAGAAGCUACAUCCCAUCGUCAGCGCUGUGUGGGGCCAUUGUGAGAUAUCCAUGAAGUACAUCAACGGACUUGAUCCGGAGCCUCUUCCUUUGACCGACCUGUGUCGCCGUGCGGCCCGCCUGGCGUUGGGCCGGGAACGCCUUCAGGAGAUCGAGAGACUACCCCUGCCCGAUUCCCUCAAGAAUUACCUCCAGUACCAGUGACUGACACCAGCGGAACCCACUGGCAUCACAAGUACUCAACAAGGCCGAGCAGCAGGUGGGCAAACAGCGGGAAGGGAAGAAGGAAGCGCUUGAAGGAAACAAACUAGGAGGAGCACGGAGGUCCCGAGCUUCAGGUGGAUUCACUGACACAUGAAGAGAGCAGCGUUUGUUCGUUUUUUGGACUUCAAGUAAAUUAUUGACAUGGCUGGCGAAGGGAAUGUGGCGAUAUCGCCAUCUAGUGGUGAGAAUAGAAACUGUGCAGAAAAAGCACACUAAUCCUAUCCCGGAAGCCUUCUUGAUGACUCAACGAACGCCGAUGCAGGCAACAAGAGGAUUGGAGCACAAAAGUUUUUAAUCUCAACGACCAAAAAGCUUUCUUUGGGUUCAAGAUGUCAACAUGUUGCUCGGAUAUCCAUUAAAGCCCUUUGCAGACGACGUGCUACAUAGAUGGUGGGUGUCAUGUAGCUUCCUGAGACAGACUCAUUUAAGCACAGCAUAGAGAAACCUGGUGGAUUUUUCAAAUUUAUUUUCCCCAUUAAAUAUUAAUUUGUUAAGGGGGUUUUAGUGUUUUAUCGGUUCAUUUAAAUCAACACAACAACAACAUGGAACUUGAGUAGAGUUUUUAGUGCAUUCUCAGUGAAAGUAUUAAAUGGAUUGAAAAAGGCUGCUGGUCUGAUCAUUACUUUGGUUAGAGUCUUUAAAAAAACCGAUUUGAUGUCAUGAAUACAAUUUUGUGUGUGUGUAAGACUACUAUUGAGGAGUAAUAGGGCCACACUGAAAAGAAAAUAAAUAGUAAAAUUAUCAGGAUAUAUAUAUAAUAUAGUUUCUUGUAGCAUUUACAUCCUGGGUGAGAGGCUGGGCACACCCCGGACGUCGUCCAAUCACAGGGCACACAUACUAACCAUAACUAUACUAAUAUGGAUGAUUUUAUGUCGUGCCUUCACUAAAAAAAAACAUAGCUUUAUAAUAAAUAAUAAGAGGGUCUUUCCUUACUGCUUUAUUAUUCUAAUUUAAUCUUACAUAUGUUUUUGUAACAUGUUUUGGGACUUUACUCUUAAUAACCUGAACAUAUUUUUAUUAAAAAAAUAGUUUUUGUAUAAGAUUAGUUUGUUGUAUUAUUACUUUAUUUUUUUAUAAUAUGACCAAAAAUAUUUUUUAAAAUGUACAAUUUUCUCAUAACAUCUCAACUUUAUUCUUGUAAAGACAAAAAAAUAAUAAUUUCAACAAAUUCCCCUCUCUAUAUAUACAAUAUUACAUAUUACAAUUUUACAAAAGUGAAAAAUCAAAUCUUGCUAGCUUAAUGUCAGUAAGACCGCUAGACUUCCCAAUUUAGGUAUAAGCGUGAAUGUCUAUGUGUCCCCUGUGAUUGACUUGUGGCCAGUCCUGAUUGAUCUCUGCCUCUUGUCCUCCAAAAGUCAUUUUACCCUUGGGAUUGUCAAAAUUGAUAUAUUAUGGUUUAAAAAAAUAAUAAUAAUAAUCUUUCCAGUACUGUCUCAAAAUGUUUAGUUUUCUUCCCCAAAAAAAUAAAAUGUAUUUUUCCUCAUACUAUAGUCUCAAAAUUUCAGCUUUUUCUUGUUAAUUUUACCAUUUUCUUUUCCUUACCCACUGUGGCCCUAAUGAUCAUUCAUACAUUCAUUCCCGUGACCACAUAAAAAAAAAAAAAAAAAGAAAGAAAGCAAAAAAGAAAUUCCUUUAAUGUUUCUUGAAUUGCACUGGACAGGACACUAAAUGUAUUUUGACCAAAGUAUUUCAUGCUAGGCGAGGAAGCCAUAUGGAGAUAUACACACAGACAUUCAUGCAGUAUGCAUCCAGGACAAAGUGUCUGGAGCUGUGCCAUUGCAGUGACGUGCUCGCAUGCUAAUGAUGGCAGCAAAGGUAGGACAGAAGGACAAAGUUGAAGAACUUUAAGAUAUCCGACUAGAUCCGUUUUAAAGACCACAAUGGACGGAGCAGCUCUGCUAAUUAAGGAACUCUAAUUAAAGGCCUAGAAUGGACUUGACCUUGUGCAGUAGCAGUUCAUGACAGAGAAUGCAGAUGACCGUAACACACAAACACAUACACACACUGUAGACCAAUCAAUCUUGUUUCAUUUCUGAAAAAAGGCUUGAGUCACUUUCUUUUUAUGUUUGAGUUUGUAUUUUUAAUAAUAUUAUUGUGAGUGUGGUGUCUCAUUGCUAGUUCUUUGUCGAUGUUUUAUUUUUGAACUAAUCAUUGAUGAUGCAUUCAGGUGACUUUAUUACAAAGAUGUUGGUAAUGAAGGGAGGAAAAUGUAAACAUGUUUCUUCAAUGCUGCUUAUUAUUAUUAUUAUUAUUAUUAUUAUUAAGAAUGGCUGGUCUAGGUGUGUGUCCCUGUAGAAUGUAUGGAGAGACGGUUGUCAGAUAUGAAAUGUGAAUAAAAGCAUAAAAUGAAUUUGAGGAAA